AUGACUCAAUCACGAAAAGCAAUCAUAAUCGGCGGCGGCCCAGCAGGCCUCUCCGCCGCGCUCCGUCUCCACCAAACCACCAACACAAACUGCACAAUCUACGAACUCCGCCCCGAACCAACAACUCUAGGCGGGGCCGUUGGAAUCCCUUCUAACGGGCUCCGUCUGCUCGACCGUCUCGGCGUCUACCACUCCCUCCUGCAACGGGGUAGCAGCCAGAGCGAUUUCGUGCUGCACUCAGGGAACGGAGGUAUGCUUGGCCAGAUGGAUGAUUUCGUCUCGCAUUCUCGCGCCGAGACAGGAUAUGGCUAUAUGCGUGUGAAACGGGUUGAUGUUGUUGGCGUUCUGCUCGAGGCUGUAAAGGAGGCUCAGAUCCCGGUGCACUUCGGGAAGAGAAUCACAGGGAUUGGAGAGGCGGGGGAAAGCAUUAAUGUCGUCUUUGCCGAUGGCACGACAGAUAGUGCCGAUAUCUUACUUGGAUGCGAUGGGAUCCAUUCGGCAGUUCGGAACCUCUACGUCGACCCAGCCUUGAAACCGGAGUACUCGGGAAUAUCAGCGGUAUUCUCUAGCAUGCCUGCAUCCAGGAUCCCAGCUGCAUCCGCGGCCCAGAUCAAGGGUCUCACUGCUACAAUGACAGGAGAAGGGAUGUUUCUAUCUGCGCCGUGCACGGCAGACAGAGACGAAGUAUUCUGGGCUUUUUCGCGGGAGGUUGCGGUGCCUGCUGGAAACGAUAGUCGGGACGGGUGGGAGGUCCAGCGGCGGCAGGAGGUUAGGGGGUUCAAGGAUACCCUGCAUGAUGUUGUGAAACACGGGAAAGGGAAAUGGAUCGAUACAUUGAGACAACUCAUCGACCAGACCGAUACUAUAAAGUUCUACCCGGUAUACCGCUUGCCGCUUGGCGGACGAUGGUCGCGCGGGCGAUGUGUUUUGAUCGGUGACGCUGCGCAUGCUAUGCAGCCGCAUGCUGGACAGGGUGUAUCCAUGGCUCUUGAAGAUGGAUUUCUGCUUUCCAGACUGUUGGCUGAUUCUAGCCGGUCUGUUGAGGAUGCCUGCGAGUCGCUGCAUCGGAUCAGGAAGCCCCGUGUGGAAGAGAUAUACCGAACGGCGGCGGAGAAUGGUAAAGCCAGGAAGAAGACUGGGCCUUGGGGCCAGUGGUUGAAGGAAAAUAUUAUCUGGGCUCAGUUUUCUAUGCCUUGGGGGCUGGGCCUUGGGGGGAAGAUGUUUGGGCAGACGUAUGCUGUUUAUGAUAUUGAUGAGGAGGAGAUUUGA